CAGAAAGGAGCGAAAAUUGCUGCGAGGAGUUGAGCUUUUUUGAGUGGAUCUAUAACUGCUCGUGAUGGAGUGUGAUCUGGAAAUAGAGCAACCAGUAAGAUCUGGUGUUUUAAGGGCCAUUAAUUUUGACAUCCUAUCGGCUUCCGAUGCUGCAAACAUUUCAGCUAAGGUGGUAGGAGUAGUGAGUGAAGUAACGGACCCCGCUCUGGGGUUGCCAAAUUCAAUUUCUAAGUGCCAUACAUGCGGAGUGCAGGAUCCAAAGCGAUCCUCUAAUGUGACGGAUAUGAGAAGUAAACGCAGCACAAAAGAUGCAAAAGAGUGUGAAGGGCACUUUGGUCUAAUCAAUUUACCCUACACUAUUAUAAAUCCAUUUUUCUUACCUGAAGUUGCUCAAAUUCUGAACAAAAUCUGCCCGGGAUGUAAAUCUGUGCGCCGUAGCAGGAUCAAGAUUGCUGCUUCCGAAUCCGGGCAAUCCCAGUGGAAGUUUUGCAAGUAUUGUGAUGCAAAGUUCAAAAAUUAUCCACCAUUAAAAUUUAAAGUGUCCCCUAGAAACAUCUUCAAGAGGACUGCCAUUAUAGCAGAGGUGAACGAAAAGUUGAUGAAGAAAUAUGGGUUGGCUCCCGACUUUUGGGACAUAAUACCUCGUGAUGCCCAAGCAGAAGGCUUUAGCACAUUAGUUGAGUGUUCUAAAGCGCUAGAAGAAAAUUUGGAAUCAAAUCAAAGAUUUUUAUCGCAUGCACAGGUCCACUCUAUUUUAAAAGAAGUUGAUCCAGUGAUUCUUGAUGCAACAUUCAAAAGAAAAAGUUCUAUAUUCCUAAACUGUUUGCUAUUGACUCCCAACUGUCACCGGAUAAUUGAAUUUCGCCAAGACAUGCUAUUUGACGAAAGGAAUGGGCUUUAUAAAAAGCUGAUUGAUUUCAAAGGAACCGCAAAUGAGUUAAGCAUUCGCGUUCUUGAUUGCACCAAGAUAACAAAGCUAAGGGUGGCAAACACCAAAGCAAACCAAGACACCAUAUCAACAGCUUCUGGUUUAAAGUUCAUUAAAGAACUCAUAAUCGGAAAGCGUACAGACCAUGCCUUCCGGAUGAGAAUCUCCAGGAGAAAUGGCGAGCUGAUUAGAGUCACAGCAUUGGAGAAUUUGCAAAAGGGUGAUAUGGUUUAUAGGCCACUUGUCGAUGGAGAUGUGGUGUUAAUAAACAGGCCUCCGUCUAUCCAUCAACACUCUCUUAUUGCUCUUUUUGUCAAAGUCCUUCCUCUGAGCUCUGUUCUCAGUAUAAACCCUCUUAUCUGUUCCCCCCUUUGUGGAGACUUUGACGGUGAUUGCCUCCACGGUUUUGUUCCUCAGUCCAUUGAUUCUAAGGUGGAGCUUCAGGAGCUCAUUUCUUUGGAUAAGCAGCUCACUAACCGGCAGAAUGGGAGGAAUCUUUUGUCACUUAGUCAUGACAGUUUAACAGCUGCACACUUGUUACUUGAGGGCAGAGUUUUACUUGACCAUUUUCAGCUGCAGCAGCUAAGCAUGUUCUGCAAUGGACAGGGAAAGUUGCCUGUUCCUGCCAUCAUCAAAGGGUUGUCGUGCAGGUCUUGUGCAUGGACAGGGAAACAGUUUUUCAGCAUGUUUUUGCCGGGAAACUUUGAUUAUAAAUUUCAGUCAGACAGUGUCUGUGUUAGCCAAGGAGAGGUUUUGUCCUCUAGUGGGUCUACUUGGCUUAGGGAUAGGACUUCUGAGAAUCUUGUGCACAGUCUUAUUAUGCAUUGUGGAGGAGAAGCUCUUCAGUUCUUGAAUGCUGCACAAGAUGCUCUAUGUGAAUGGUUAUCCAUGAGGGGGUUAAGCAUUUCUCUAUCCGAUCUUUAUCUGUCGGAUGAUCCGGUAACCCGUAAGAACCUCCUUGAUGAGAUUUCUUAUGGCCUGAGAGAGGCAGAGACUCUGUCUUCAAUUUCCCAGAUGCUGAUUGAAGACAACCAAGAUUUUCUCACUGGGGCAUAUCUAGAAAAUGAAGAAUCUUUUGAUUUUCAAGUUCAACAAAAGAAGAUGAACUGGGUUGGGCAAAAUCAGGCUUCCAUAUCUUCCUUCAAGAGAGGAUUUAGGGAUAUCCAGAGUCUCUUUUAUGUGUAUGCAAGCAAUGAGAAUUCUUUGCUUGCCAUGUUGAAGGCAGGAAGCAAAGGAAACCUUCUUAAAGCCGUCCAGCACAGCAUGUGUCUUGGCUUACUGCACGCAUCCUGCACGUUGGGGUUUCAAAUCCCUUACCACCUUACUUCUCCGACGCGGAACAUUCCAGAACAUUCUGGACCCCACUUCCCGUGCGCCGUGGUGGAAAACUCCUUUCUCACUGGUUUAAACCCACUUGAAGGUUUUGUGCAUUCAUUGGUGACAAGGGAGGGCUCCUUUGGUGGUAAUGCGGAUGUUUCAGGAACAUUGACACGUAACCUCAUGUUCUUCAUGCGCGAUCUGUACAUCGGUUAUGAUGGGACUGUUAGAAACAAGCAUGGGAACCAUGUGGUUCAAUUUUCUUACGCGUCAAAAUCAUUUAGUCAGGAUGUUGUGGGAGGUCAUCCUGUUGGUUCGUUGGCAGCUUGUGCGCUCUCUGAAGCCGCAUAUAGUGCCUUGGAUCAACCUGUGAGUAUUCUUGAGCCAUCGCCUCUGAUGAACCUGAAGAAAGUGCUUGAAUCCGGGGCAAAAAGAAAUAUCGGUGGAAAAACAGCAUCAUUAUACUUAUCCAAGAAACUUGUCAAGUAUUGCAAUGGAUAUGAAUACGGUGCUUGGGAAGUUAAAAGGCAUUUGGAAAGAAUGCUGUUUUCAGACAUUGUAUCUACUGUAUUGAUCUGCUUCUCCCCAGAGACUUGUCGAAAGAGAAGGAGCCCAUGGCUGUGCCAUUUUCACAUCAACAAUGAACUUGCUAAGAGGAAAGGUAUAAAGGUUCAAUCCAUCGCCAGUGGCCUGAGCAUGCAUUGCGCAGACACAAAAGCUAAGGCGAAAUUUGAAUUUCCCAAACUGCACAUAACUUGCACGGAUUGUUCUCUUAAGAAAGAGAGAGAGGAUUGCAUUUCAGCUGCAAUUGAUGAAAGCUCAGAAGAAUCCUCUUCAGGAUACGAUACCCUUCGGGAUGUUGUCAAGCCAUUCUUACUUGGAACUGUCAUUAAAGGCUUCUCUGCAUUUAAGAAGGUUGACAUCUUAUGGAAAGAAGGUCCGAAGGGAGCUUCUGGAGAACUUUGUUUGCAGCGCAGCCAUCCAGAUGAUAUCCAGGACAUUUCCCAGACAUUCGGCAUAGACCUUGCGUGGAAUUCCUUCUUAAAUCGUCUAAGCUCUGCAAUGUCGGAUGCUGAAAAGGAUAUACUUCCGGAGCAUUUGGCCCUUACCACAGAUUGCUUGUCUGCUACGGGAGAAUUUGUUGCUUUGAAUGCCAAAGGGCUGGCAGACCAAAGAAAAGCAUGCUCAGUCUCUGCACCUUUUUCGCUAGCAUGUCUAAAGAAUCCUGGGCCUGUGUUUGUCAAAGCAUCCAAGAUGGGAUCGGUUGAUCUUCUACAAGGGAGUGCUGAAGCUUUGUCAUGGGGAAAGGUUCCUUCUAUCGGCACUGGAUUCCAGUUUGAAGUUUUAUACUCUGGGGAGGGGCAUAAACUUGCAGAACCCACCGACGUCUACAGUCAGUUGGGUGGUAUUCAGUCAACUCUGAUGAAGCAGAAUCCAGUGGUGGACCCCACAGAGACCAUUGAAAUUCACAGAAAAUCUCGCGAUCCAAAGCCACGCAAAUACGAGGACAUUGACCGGGAGAGACGCGAGAAUCUGUUGCGCAAAUCAAUCUCCAAAGCGUUUUCUCUCGAUGACAUCCAAAAGCUAUCCCAAGCACUCAGUAAUAUGCUGAAAGCAUAUCGUGUUGAUGAGCCGUUGAAGGAAUCUGAUAAGUCAAUUGUAAUGAAAGCACUGUACUUUCAUCCUCAACGAGACGAGAAAAUUGGGACAGGUGCUCGUGAAAUUAAGGUAGGGCGUCACGAAAAGCACCAAUCGCCCUGCUUUAUCGUAGUGCGCUCAGACGGAACGGUUGAGGACUUUUCGUACAGGAAGUGCGUUCACCGUGCCCUCGAGCUCAUUGCCCCAGACAAGGCUAAAGCCUACCAAUCCAAGUGGAUGAAAGGCAAAGACUUGCCCGUCGCCGCGACGGGUCAAGGGGGGAGGCUCAUUCAACCAUAGUGCUUUUUGUACUUUGUACAUUUUUGGGUAUAUAAAAGAAGAUGAAGAAACAUGGUUCCAAGUGAUGUUAGGCUGUGUAGUUAUUUG